GCUGUAACAGCCCUGAUUUAGUGAUUUAUGGUUCCCGUGACGUAGUGACAUAUGACGUAGUGCUUAGUAUCCAUAUUUAGAUCUCCAGCUUCUUAGUUCAUUUACAUACUCAUUAGAUUAGCCAAUGACUGGUGAGAGCAGUCAGCGUCAGUAUUAGAUAUUAGCUAGCCCGCUCCCUUUUGAAUUAGUCGAGACCAGGACCCCAGGUUAGUGACACACACUCCUUGUAGUUCGUAGAUUCCACUCCUGUAACCUAGACCAUUGUACUUGCAACUCUAAGACUAGACCAUUGUAACUAGACCAUCGACUCGGUAUUGACUUGUAUAUACAGCAGAUAGAUCAUAAUACAACAGCCCGUACAAUCUGAAUCGACCCGUCUCCGUGUGUUUUACUUGGUUAACUAGCAGAUCAUAUAGACGCGUAACUUACGUGAGUAAAGUUAGCCCAACACCUAAAGUACACCGAUCCCUAAAUUCUACAUUGGUUCCCACACCGGAUUGUCCGACAAGUUGUUGUCCUGUGAUUUGCUGCUGUACUUUUGCUAGAAUUUUACGUUGCCACACACUUAGUAUCGUUCGUAUCUUUGACCAUCUGCUGAGCGUCCCCACGUGUUCCGCAUUUUCGACUAGCUUUCUCGGCCUGUUUUCCAAACUUUGCUUAGUUAGUUCCGGCUUAUUUUGUGCCUUCUAUGUGUUGUUGCUUUUUCGGCACCGUUCUAAUUUUCUGUCCUACUAUUUUGGCUUCCUAAAACUUCGUUUUCGGGUAGGCCAGCGGCGAUUGCCACGAAUUCUUUAUCUUAGCGUCCCUAGCGUGGGUGCCCUGCUGUGUUUGAUAUCUUGUCACUGACUUCGCCAACUCCCACCCACAUUCCGGUGCCAUCUUGCCCCAUCUUGUACCAUAUGUCCCGCUGUGACCCUGAUUAGUCUUUUCCGGGACGCCUGUAAAACCUUUUGUUUUCCAAAGUUGUUUUUCCAUGAGCGCCCGUUUUUCCCACGGACAAAUCUUGUAGCUUCCAAAGUGUUUUUUUUCCUUUUUCGGCCUUGACUUUGCUAGGGCUGUUUGGCGUGACUGUGUCUUGACCCAUUCUUCGCUUCCGUUUUUUGACUUAAUUUGCCCUUUUCCGUUUCGGCUGUUUUUUUGGGCUGGUCCCUAGCGUUGUUCUAUUUUUUCUUGCUAUGGCCGGCUACGGAGACCCCCCUGAAGUUGGCUUUCCGGUUCUCUAUCGGAACCUGAUGGAUGAUUUUGACCCGUUGGUCUCCUUCGACCCUCCCCUCGAUUUCCUCCCGCCUAGCGCACACGUCACCUCUUUGGCGCCGUGGCCCGUCCCAGCCGCGUCUGAUUCCCCUGCUCCCUCCUCCACUAACCCGGCCGCUGACUCUCCCUCUAACCCAGCCGCUGACGCUCCCUCUAUCCCAGCCGCUGACUCUCCCUCUACCCCGGCCGCUGACUCUUCUUCCCCCCCACCUGCCUCCGCGCCUGAACAGGACGCUCCAUCUGUGUCAUCCAACCCUACCUCGCCCGCUCCACCCUCAGCUCUCUCUGCCCCCCAGCCUACCCCGGUCUCUCAGACCAUGCCUUCCGCUACCACCCCGUCCGUUACUCGUUCCCCUCUGUCCUUCCCUGCCCCCACCCUCCGCCCCUGGGUCGUCCCCCCCUCCUGGGCUGCCUCUGCGCCUGUGCCUCCGCCCGCGCCUGCCCCGGCUACGAAACAAAUCCCGAAACUACUUUGUCGUUUCGACGGUUCCGGCACACCAAACUGGGAGGAGUUUGAGACUCACUUUGACAACGAGCGACGCUUUGCGUCCUGGGGGGAGGACACGUGCCGGGCCGUCCUUUUGAAACACCUUUCUGGGGGUGCCCUGACGACGUUUUCGUGCGCGCCGCCCACCAUCCGUGACGGAUCGGCUGACAUCAUCUUAGGAUACCUAAGACAGAUGUACAGACGACCGCAGGACCCACUUCACUACCGCAGUGAUAUACAGGCCCUGCGACGUGGGACCAAAGAAACCCCGCAGGACUUCGAACUGCGGGUGCGCCAGGCUGUCGCCUUGGCUUACCCCCGGGCUGACCAGUCAAUGCGCGACGACCUUGGGAUCCAGACGUUUUUGGACAAACUAGCCUUAGACAACCCCAACCUCGCAAUGGAGGUGGGGAAGGGCCGCCCUAAGACACUGCACGAGGCGCGGGUCCAGUUGCAGUUUUUGGAGGAUCUCCAGAGCAGCGCGCGUCCGUCGUCGCACGUGUACCAAACUUCCACCGCGGGCGUGCAAGACAUGCAGAAGCGGAUGGAAGAGAUGCAGCUGGCUCACGAGAAGCAGCUGAAGGCGCUGUGCGACCGGAUUGACCACCUCCAAAAGCGCACGGAGUCGCCCGGCCUGAGUAGCCCGGUCCCGACUCCCCGCCAGGAUGGUGGACGCGCGAGCCAGCCCAGCGGGCGACGGCCGCCACGAGAUCCUUCCACGCGGUACCAAAAUAAGCGUUGCUAUGGCUGCGAUGAGAUUGGUCACAUCAAACGCAUUUGUCCGAAUGCGUCCGGCGCACGCCAGGGAAACGGUCCCAGACUGGCUUAGCGGGUCGUCGGCCAGUCUCCCAAACGGUAAAGACCCUUGCACGACACGGACAUACGAUUACGAAUAAAGAACCACACUCACACACAGGUAGUUUUCACCUUAGUGCGUUGGUGAAUGACCGGCGUGUGGAGGUAUUGAUCGACUCUGGGGCCGAUGUUUCGAUUAUCAGUCGGGACGCACUCGGACAGCUUUUUUCGACUCACACGCCGCCGCUAGCGCCUUACGUGGGCCAGCCUCUCACCAGCGUUGCGGGCGGCCACCUGACAGUGGCCGGCACAGUUGUCCUUGUUCUCCAAAUUGCUGAACAGUAUUUCCCGACUAAUUUCUUAGUAUGUGAAAAUUCGGCCACUGGACUAUUGGUAGGGACCGAUUUCUUGACCGAGUUUGAGUGUGAGGUUUCGCUGCGCCAUCAGACUUUGACACUACGUGGUUGCCAGGGAGACGUGGUAGUUCCCAUCAGACGCCGGACGGGCUUCGGGGUAAG